AAAGGUAGGAGCCAGCAUUUCUUGUUUAAAUGAAACUAAAUAACCUGAGCUACUUCUUACUGAAAAUCUUUAAAACACACCUACUGUAUGUUUAUGUGUUUUGUCUUGGAAAGGUAAAAGAGUUUGAAACAAUGUGAAGAUUUCCUUUCUGACACUGCCAAGAAACAGAGAACUGAUGCAUUUUGUAACAGGAACGUACUGAGGAGAAAGGAUGGAGUGUUUCAUCAGCGAGACAUUUAGGGAACUAGUGAAAAGGCACUUUGUAUAAUACGCUUCAGUAAAUAUGAAGGGCUAGUGCAAUGGACACUGGAAACACUCGAUCAAUAGUCUAUUUAAGUGGGAAUAUAUGCAAGCAUGGAAAAGUGAUUGCUUUCCUGUCUAUGGGGUGUGUUUGGAGAGGACAGCAGCAGAACAUUUGCAGGCGAGGAGCUGAUGUCGUCAUGAAAAUCAUGAUAUGAUUUUCCCUCAGGAGAAACUAUGACUUGGAACGACACCACUAUGGACGGGGAAGGGUUGCUGGCGGAAAGGGACUCCUCUUCCUUUCGGAUCCUCACAGGCUGCUUCCUCUCGCUACUGAUCCUCUCCACGCUGCUGGGAAACACACUGGUCUGUGCAGCUGUCAUUAGGUUUCGCCACCUCAGGUCCAAGGUGACCAACUUCUUUGUCAUCUCCUUGGCUGUGUCAGAUCUCUUAGUGGCAGUUUUGGUCAUGCCUUGGAAAGCUGUGGCUGAGAUUGCCGGUUUCUGGCCUUUUGGUUCAUUUUGUAACAUCUGGGUGGCCUUUGAUAUUAUGUGCUCAACAGCCUCCAUCUUAAAUCUCUGUGUCAUUAGUGUGGACAGAUACUGGGCCAUCUCCAGCCCAUUUAGGUAUGAGAGGAAAAUGACCCCCAAGGCAGCCUUCAUCAUGAUCAGCGUGGCGUGGACUUUGUCCGUGUUGAUUUCCUUCAUCCCCGUGCAGCUGAACUGGCACAAGGCUACAACCACAAGCUUUUUGGACUUAAAUGCCAGCUUACAAGGUGUAAGCAUGGACAACUGUGAUUCUAGCCUAAACAGGAUGUAUGCCAUCUCCUCUUCUCUAAUUAGUUUCUAUAUACCUGUGGCCAUCAUGAUAGUGACUUACACGAGGAUAUACCGGAUUGCUCAGAAGCAAAUACGACGCAUCUCAGCUCUGGAGAGAGCAGCAGUGCAUGCAAAGAACUGCCAGAACACGAGCGGCAACAGGAGCAGUAUGGACUGCCAGCAGCCAGAGAGCAACUUCAAAAUGUCCUUCAAGAGGGAAACAAAGGUUUUAAAGACUCUGUCAGUGAUCAUGGGGGUGUUUGUGUGCUGCUGGUUGCCAUUUUUUGUAUUGAACUGCAUGAUUCCCUUCUGCGAGCCUACCCAGCCAUCCAAGGGAGCAGAGGCUUUCUGCAUUAAUUCCACCACCUUUGAUGUUUUUAUAUGGUUUGGAUGGGCAAAUUCUUCCCUCAACCCCAUCAUUUAUGCCUUCAAUGCUGACUUCCGCAAGGCAUUUUCGACCCUGCUGGGCUGCUACAGGCUCUGCCCGAUGUCUGGCAAUGCCAUAGAGACUGUGAGCAUUAACAACAAUGGGGCAGUAGUUUUUUCAAGCCAACACGAGCCCAAAGGGUCCAGCCCCAAGGAGUCUAAUCUGGUUUAUCUGAUUCCACAUUCAAUUAUCUGUCCAGAAGAAGAACCUCUCAAAAAGGAAGAAGAGGGUGAACUAUCUAAGACCUUGGAGAAAAUGUCUCCAGCACUGUCGGGUAUCUUGGAUUAUGAAGCUGAUGUUUCUUUGGAAAAGAUCAAUCCCAUUACACAAAAUGGGCAGCAUAAAACCUGAACAGUAAGGUUUACUAAGCAAGACCCAAUGGUGUAUAUUGUAAUAAUCUUUUGGGGAAAAAUACAAGAUUUUUUUGGUAAGAAACUAAGCUCUAGGGAGAAAAAUACACAUUUACACCAAGCCCAGAAUUAAUUUUCCUGGCAUUCAAAGCAAAUUUAACAUUUUAAACAAUAAACACAAAAAGAUACUGGAAACUGGUUUUAAAAAAAGAUGUUAAACUGUACUGUUCAUACUGAGGAAAAUACACAAAUUUAGAUACAGUGCAGUGACAAAGAAAAUAUUGCUUCUCUACACAGAGAAACCAAUUUUCAGCUUAAAGUGAGGCAAAAGAUAAAUGUUGAGUAUUUAAAGAUUAAUGUUUACUAGAAGUAAAAAGAUUGCUGUGUCUUGUGAUAGUGGGUGUUAACAGGUCCUAAUUAAAGACUGAGAGAUUGUAAAGGUAGGUAGAUGCCUUCUUAAAAUUAUUUCUGAAAAAUAAUUGAGCCUUAUAAUGAGAAUGGUUAUUUUUAAAGCUUUGGGAGGUAAUAUGUUGAUACUGGUUUUAUUUAUUUAUUGUUUUAAAUUGAUAUUUUUCAUAUGUUAUAACAGAUCUAGCUUUAUUUAUGUUAUUUAAGAUGUCUAAAUAAUGGGAUAUUUUUGGAGUGUCAUAACUGCAUUUUGACCAGUCAACCAGUCAGCACUUUAUUACAAGCUCGGAUAGUUUGGAGAGCUGGUGAGGGGAAUAGAGGAAUGUUAAGAAGCUCAGCAAGAAAUGAAGGAAUCAACUAAACUGAUGCUGUGUGGAGUUCGUUUGCUUGUGGGCUUUUUUUAUUUUUAAGUGGGAUUUCUUUCAAAAGAUAGGACCAGCGUUGACUGAGUUGUGAAUUCUCUUCCCUUAUAGAAAUAAAAGAAAUUGCUGCUAUUUAUUUUUAAAAAGUUUCAUGUUACAAAGACUUUGCUAGAAUGUCAAGUUUGUGGAUCUGUAAAUACCUAAAAUAUGACUACAACCUUAAGAAGAAUCCAAUUUGGGAAGGAGAGCGUCUUAGAUAACAAUUCUUAGUAUAUAAUGUUUUGUAUUUAUGUAAGAUAAACAGCUUUCUCAGACUUUUCUUAUUUCAAGUCUUGGAUAUCUUUUCUGAACAAACACAAUGGGUUAUAAUGGUAGUAAAGAUGCCAAACGUCGUUAUCACUGGUGUUACUGCAGGACCACCCGGGUCAUUCUGUCUGUCUGCUACUCUAUCACGGUCAGAACUAAAACGUGAGGUACCUGGUGCUUUACUUUGGGAACCGGGAGGACAUUACAUUUUAGUAAUUGCCGUGUCAAUAGUCCAUUCAAUAAGGAAUAGUGCCUCAUUACCAUUUUGGAUUAAGACAUUUCGAAAUACGGAUGGAACUGCAGCCCCCACCUCAAAAUCCUCCUGUGAACUCCAAAAAAGUUGCCAAUGUUUGAUUAAAAAAACCUGCUACUUCUCCAUUGUCCUUCCCUGCUGCUUCCCUUUGUAAUGCCAAAAGCAAUCGGUGAGCAUUAGCAACAGGAACAUUGGGUGUUAAUAGUCAGCAGCGUUCAAAGAAAUCGAUUUCUUUUCUGAAUGAGAGAAAAUACCCCUUGGAGCAACUUUUUCAUAACAUAUAUCAAAAAAAUGUGUUGUCAGGAAAAGAGAACUGAGAGGAAAAAAAAAUUUAACAAACUAUAUACAUCCUGCAUCAGGUCUGUGUAUUUAUGUAUUGUGAAUGUUUUCAUAAUUUUAUUGCCUGUAUGCUGCUUUCAUACAUAUAAUAAAAUUAUUUUGUGAACAGAAGGUCAAAUAAAACAAUCUACAUUGCAUUUAUUAAA